CGGCGCGGCCUUCCGGUCAUGUGAGCCGGGCGGGUGAAGCCGCGGUGCGGCGGCGCCAUGGCGGCCCCGUCCGAAACGGAGCGGCUGCUAGGCCGCGGCCCCGGCUACGGCACGACGGAAUCCCCGGCGGUGGCGGAGGAAGAAGAGCUCCGACGGCGCCUCAAAUAUUUCUUCAUGAGUCCCUGCGAUAAGUACCGGGCCCGGGGGCGGCGGCCCGUUAAGUUGGGGCUGCAGCUGGCCAAGAUCCUGCUUGUCACCGUCCAGCUCAUCCUCUUCGGGCUCAGCAACCAGAUGGUGGUGACGUUCAAGGAGGAGAACACCAUCGCCUUCAAACACCUCUUCCUGAAGGACUACGUGGACGGCGCGGAUGACACCUACGCCGUCUACACGCAACGCGACCUCUAUGACCGCAUGUUUUACGCCAUGGAGAAGUAUUUGGCCAUUCCCAACGAGACCGUCGGCCGCUACGCCUACGUGCGGGGGGAGAGCGGAGGGAACCAGUCAGCCCUCAUGCUGUGCCAGCAAUAUUACCGUAAAGGGCGCAUCGAUCCGGCCAAUGACACCUUCAACAUCGACCCCAAGAUUGUCACAGACUGCCUGGGAGUGGACCCCGAGGACCCACAGCCUCUUCCCCCAGAGCUGGACCGCAGCUACAAGAACUUCACCCUCAAAUUUCACAAACUCAUCAACGUCACCAUCCAGUUCAAGCUGAAAGCCAUCAACAUCCAAACCAUCAUCAACAACGAGAUCCCCGACUGCUACACCUUCACCAUCACCAUCACGUUUGACAACAAGGCGCACAGUGGCCGGGUGAAAAUCCGCCUCGACAACCGGGCUGACAUCAAGGAGUGCAAAGAUCCCAGCGUCUUUGGCCGAGGUGACAACUCCUUCCGGCUGUUCUUUGACGUCGUUGUCAUCCUUGUCUGCUCGCUCUCCUUCAUCCUCUGCGCUCGCUCCAUUAUCCGGGGUGUCAUGUUGCAGCACGAGUUCAGCCAGUUCUUCCAGCGCCGUUACAACCAGAGCGUGUGCCUGUCGGACCGCAUGGAGUUCCUCAACGGCUGGUACAUCCUCCUGGUGAUCAGCGACGUCCUCACCGUGCUGGGAACCAUCAUGAAGAUCGGCAUUGAGUCCAAGAACUUCGCCAGCUACGACGUUUGCAGCAUCCUCCUGGGCACCUCCACGCUGCUGGUUUGGGUCGGGGUCAUUCGCUAUCUCACUUUCUUCCAGAAGUACAACAUCCUCAUCGUCACGCUCCGGGUGGCCCUCCCCAACGUCAUCCGCUUCUGCUGCUGUGUGGCCGUCAUCUAUCUGGGCUACUGCUUCUGCGGGUGGAUCGUGUUGGGCCCGUACCACGUCAAGUUCCGAUCCCUUUCCAUGGUGUCCGAGUGCCUCUUCUCCCUCAUCAACGGGGACGACAUGUUUGUUACCUUCGCCGAGAUGCAACAGAACAGUUAUUUGGUGUGGCUCUUCAGCCAGAUCUACCUGUACACCUUCAUCAGCCUCUUCAUCUACAUGGUCCUCAGCCUCUUCAUCGCCCUCAUCACCGGUUCCUACGAGACCAUCAAGCACCAGUGCGAGGGCGAAACGCCCGUCUCCCAGCUCCACGCUUACAUCGCCCAGUGCAAGGACAGCCCCAAAUCGGGCAAGUACCGUCGCGACAGCGCCUCAUCCUGCUCCGUCUUCUGCUGCUGCGAACGGGCUCCUCUGCAAGACAACGCGCUGCUGGUGAAUUAAGGGAGGACCCCUCGGCACGGACCCCCAGGGACGUGAGCGAGCGGCGCCUUGUGCUCCCCGCCCCAGCCCCGAGCGCUUUUUAUUUAUUUUAUUGUCUGCUUUUACCAGCUCGGGGCCCCGAAGGGGUGGGGAGAGACAGCGCCUGUGUCCCCUGCACCCGGGGGGACGCUAGAUGGACGCUGGUGGCCCUGUUAUUUUCUUGACGGACCUUAGCCUUGCUGCUCCAAUCCUGAACUGGAGCCGGGCACCCCUCGGCGGCUCAACAUGGGGCCCUGUCCCCCCCCGGUUAUGUUUUAGGGGAGCAGCCUGCAGUCCUGCGACCCCCCCAGAUGUGUUUUUGGGGGCA